CGCUAAACAAAUCUAUCAAGGUGUCUGAUCAUGGACCGCCGUACUUGGGCCCAGGAUGUGUUACGGUGUCAUCUCUGUGAGACCCCGGGCCCCCCUAUGUACUGUGACAUUUGUCAUAUACAUCUGUGUAAAGCCUGUGUGGGGGAACAUCUCUCUGAUGAAUCCAAAGAUCACAAAGUGGUAACAUUCAAAAAGCGGGGAUUCGCACCUGAAUGUUCCAAACAUUCUAAAAAAUUGUGUGAACUUUAUUGCGAACAAUGUAACAUUCCUAUUUGUGUGCAGUGUGUCUCCUCAGGUGAACAUAUAGGACACAAACAAGUUGAAAUUUUAAAAACCCUUCAAAGCAAGAAAGAUGUACUACAGAGAGAUUUAGAUGAAUUAGAGAAAUUGAUUUAUCCUAAAUACCAAGAGAUUGUAUCUAAUAUCCCAGUUCAGAAAGCUGAUCUGCAUCAAAACUCCAAAAAAUUAACAACAGCUCUAGACGAACAUGGAGAAGAUUUGCACAGAGAAAUAGACAUUGCCAUCAAGAAAAUGAAAUCUGACGUGAAUGAAAUGGAAUCCAAACACCUGGUAGUCCUUGAUAAGCAGGAAAAUGAAAUCAAAUACAGUAUUUCUGAAAUUGAACAGAGCAUUGCUGAUCUGAAGAAAUCACUCAACUCCAAUGAUGUCAGCCUUGUCUCUGCCUACAACUCCAGGGUUGCUGAAUUCAGAAGAUUGCCUCCUAAACUAACAGUUUCCUUACCAAGAUUCAUCCCUCAGAAGAUUAACAAAGAACAGAUUUAUCAGCAGAUUGGUUCUCUGUCAGCGUUAUCUAUUAAAACAAAAGAACAUGAUUACGCAAUGGAUUCUCCCGGUGCUGAGUCCUCUCCCCCGGGCAGACCGCUUAUUAAUGUACCACGGAUCAUCACAGAUAUAAACACAAAUUAUGGAGAAUCUAAUAGAUUACGCGGUGUGUCCUGUCUGAGUGAUGAUGAAGUAUGGACGUGUGGUGAGGACAACAUGAUGAGACUCUACAACAUCCACAGUAAACUAGUGAAGUCCAUCAAAACCAAGUCAAGGAACGGGCCAGAUGACAUAUCAGUGACACAGAGUGGUGAACUAGUUUAUACUGAUCCCGAUGAUAGAUCUGUGAACAUAGUGAAGAAUACACAGAUACAGACAGUGAUCAGACUACGGGGGUGGAUACCUGGCUAUGUCUGUAGUACCUCCUCUGGUGACCUCCUGGUUGUCAUGAUCACUGAUGAUAGGAAACAAUCAAAAGUUGUGCGUUAUUCUGGCUCAACAGAGAAGCAAACGAUUCAAUACAAUGACAAAGGACAACCUCUUUAUUCCUCAGAUUUCUCUGAUCAAAUUAUUUAUCCUAAACACAUCAGUGAAAACAAUAAUCUUGAUAUCUGUGUAGCUGACUUUAAAGCCGGUGCAGUAGUGGUAGUCAAUCAGGCUGGGAAACUCCGGUUCAUAUACACUGGUCCUCCCUCUAUUUCAAAGAAAUCAUUAAAACCAGUUGGCAUCACCACAGACAGCCAAAGUCGGAUCCUGACAGCAGACCGUAACAAUGACUUUAUCCACAUUCUGGAUCAAGACGGACAGUUCCUCCGCUACAUUGACAACUGUGAUUUAAAACUCCCAUACGGUUUAUGUGUGGACACCAGAGACAACCUGUUUGUGCCAGAGAGGGACACGGGUAAAGUGAAAAAAAUUCAAUAUGUUUAAACAAAUAAUAAUUAAUAAAAAAAAGUGACUGCAUUGACGAAAUUAUUUGUUUACAAGCUGUUUUUAUUUAUAAAAUAAUAUAAUAUAGAUGGUUGAUAUCUAAAAUGUACAUAUGUAUCUUCUAGUAUGUGUAUUUAAAGAGGUUCGUUCCUCUGUUUGUGGGUAGCCAUUUUGGGUUACCUCGAGUCUGAAAAUUAUGCAUCAUUUAUAAAUACUUCUUGAUAAUUCAUAUUUUAUAAUGCCAAAUAAACUAUUUUGAAGGAAAGAGUGAAGAUUUAUAGACUUUUGUAAGGGACUAUAUUUUGUGGUGGAAGGUUUUUUUUAAAGAAGAAAAUAAA